AGAAAAUUCAUCUUUCAUCUUAUGAAAUGUGUGUGGGAAAUUACAAAAUUUUGGAACCAACAAGUGUCAAGGAGCGAGAUUGAAAUUUCAUAAACCCUAGGGAUACGUGCAGCCUCCUCCUGCCGCCACCCACCAGGCGCCAUUGAUGAUCUUCCCUCCAUUUCUAUCCACAAUUUAAAUCUGAGUCUUUCCCUCUCUUUAUACUCUGUCACUGGCUCAUCGCAUUUAAUUCCUAUGAAGCUCUGAUGGAGAAGAAAGACGAUCGCUUCUUUAAAACCCUCAUUCUCUCCCCUUUCCGUUACACCAAGACCCGCCACAUCCGCAUCGCCGAUAUUCUCGUUGAUGAAGAAGAGGGAUCCGAAACCGACGGCUACGAUUGCGUCGGAGACUUCAAUAUGGAUGGCAUCGGAGACCUCCCGAAGGACGACAGAUUGAUGGCUCUACAGUGCUCCACCCCGCGCCGUAUCAUUUCCCGAUGGCUGUCGUCUCUGAGACGAUCCAAGAGAAGGCGAAGCGACGUCGUACGGAGCCAGAAGAUAUUCAAAGAGGUCGCGAGAAGGGAAACCGGUGACGAGUCAACGCACGCCACCUGUUCGACGCAUGGAUUGAAGCAGUCAGGACAGUUUGUAGAAGAUAACGGCUCAUUCAAUUUGGGCGUUGCGUGCGGUUUGAUAUAUCUGAUUGUCACCAGUAAAAAUGAGCUUACAAAGAUGGUGGAGCUGCGGACACAAAUGGAGCUGCUUCUUCAAAACGCAAAAGAGGGAUUGCAAAGCAAGAACGCGCCUUUUGACGCCAAACCGUUGGAGUUGAAUGAGGUGAAUAUUGCUUCUUCCACCACUGAUUUCCAUCAAGCUUCGAGCUCGAGCUCCGAUAGCCAGUUUUCGCUUCAAUCUGGUGUUGUCCGUGACGUGUGCUCGGAAUAUAUUAGAAAUGAAGAAGGAGAAGGAGAGAGAGAUGAAUGCGUGGCAGGAAUGGAUCAACUUGAGGCGGAGCUUGAAGCCGAGUUGGAACGGUUGCAGCUCCAAUUGGAUUUGGAAAAUGAUUCAUCCAAUUCUGAAUACCCUCAGCAGAGGCUAAAGGCUUCUAGAGACUGUGCUAUUGUAAUUGACUGUGAUGAAGCAGAACCGCCAGAUUAUGCUGAAAUGCCCUGUGACUAUGGAGUACCUGCACUUGAACUUGAGAGGAGGUUGCAUCAAGUGUUGGAAGCGAGACAGGAAGAACGGAUAAAAGAACUUGAAGUUGCUUUAGAGUACGCGAAGCGCAAGCUUCACGAGAAAGAAAUAGAGGUUUCAUGGUGGAAAGAAACUGCAACUGCAGCACGUGUAUCACACCAUGUUCCAGAUCCUUCAGCGUCGAUCGCUUCCCAGCACGAUCCCGAAAGUACUUUUCACUCGUUUAGGUGAGCACCAAACUGUACAGUGGCUUUUGAGUUUUGAGAGUGAUGAUUUCUCCAAGUUACCACUCAAUAUGCAUGCUUGUAUUAUAGGCUAUACAAAACUACCAACUGGGUUCAGAUUUUCUUUUAUUGUGAAGUGUUAUAUAGGUUGGUUUUACUUUUACAUGUUGUGUGCAUCUUUAUUCUCAACUGUUUGAUUUGGAAAAUUGUAUAAUGGGUCACAUUGUUUUGGGAGAUUGACAUUGUUGAACUGUUUAGUCAGAGAACUUUUUUUUUUAGUAUGGAUGAUUUGCAGGUUG